GAGACAUUGGUGCAUUUUGGUCCUUGUAGAGAGAGAGAGUGAGAGAGAGAGAUUGGUCUGUGUUAUCUACAUGGAGGACCACGAAACCAGUGGAUAUAGUCGUUGAUCCGAGACACACUGAGAGAAGGAUAAAGGGAGUGCCAAAACGAUGCGUCGAACGAUAUCCGUUUUGGUCCAGCCACGGUGCCUCCUCCUCUACCUGGUCCUCUCUGUUUUCCUCAUCUUUUCGUUCUCGAAGCCAAAGACCAAGACCAAGCAGGUUGAAGAGAAAGCAGAAGAGGUGCCUGAAAUUACCCACAGAGUUUACCUGGAUGUUAAUAUUGAUAAACAGCGUCAAGGUAGAAUCGUGAUUGGAUUAUAUGGCCAAGCUGUACCAAAAACUGUUGAAAACUUUAGGGCUUUGUGCACAGGGGAGAAAGGUAAGGGUGCCAGUGGAAAGAAGCUCCACUACAAAGGAACACCAUUUCAUCGUAUAGUCUCUGGGUUCAUGAUUCAAGGUGGGGAUAUCAUUUAUGGUGAUGGUAGGGGGUAUGAAUCUAUAUAUGGUGUCACCUUUGCAGAUGAGAAUUUCAAGAUAAAACAUUCACAUGCAGGCGUUGUUUCCAUGGUAAAUUCCGGGCCUAAUUCAAAUGGCGCUCAAUUUUUUAUCACUACUGUUAAAACCAGCUGGUUGGAUGGGGAACAUGUUGUCUUUGGCAAGGUUAUUCAAGGCAUGGACAUUGUGUUUGCAAUUGAAGGUGGGGCAGGAACCUACAGUGGGAAGCCUAGAAAGAAGGUCGUAAUUGCCGAGUCUGGAGAGAUACCCAAGAGCAAGUGGGAUGAGGAAAGUUAAGUCCCCUCUCUUCAGGAACAAAAGAGAGCUUUUCUGUUUCAGGUUUGCAAAUUUGGUUCAGAUAUAUCAUUCACAUUCUCUUCCCCUCGUAACAUGUCCAUGAAAUUUGCCCGGUCCUCCCAGAUCCGAUAGCCUUAGGUCCACUUGGAAAAUAUUGUAUUUGGCAACUCUUGUUGACAUGGGCAUGCUUGUUGUAGAGGAAUCAAGAACUGAACUUGUUUCCAUUU